AUGUCUACGACCACAACCACGACGGAGACAAUGAGAGUAGAGGUUGGCUCGAUCCCCUACUACAUGGAUCAACCCAAAUCAUCCAAGUUGGGUUUUCUCGAUAUGCCAUGCGAGAUUCGACUGCAGGUGUAUCGUCAUCUCUUCGUCCGAAAAGAGCCUAUACGCCCACGCCAGCUCACCCCUGACGAGAUCCUCGACACCCCUGGCGAGAUCCGGAAGCGCGGCAUCAUUUUUACAUGCAAGAAGAUAUCCAAAGAGGCAAUUGAAGUCCUCUAUCGGGAAAACACUUUCGCCUUUGGGCCAGGCCGUUACACCGAGCGCACCACGGUCUGGGGCCCGCCCUCCGCCCCGCCAACGAAAGCGCCCAAGGCAGCGGUCCUCACAGGCAAAAUAGAAGACGACGACGACAGAGCAACCAAGAGACUUUCCAGAGACGCCGCCAGAGCAAAGAGAGAAGCCGCCAAAGCAGAUGCUCGCUGGAGAGGCCAGCUCGAGCCCAAGGUCUCGGUCUCGACCGAAAGCGACAUGAAGUUCUUCUUCCAGACCAGCAGGGCCAACGCCAGUCUCGUCCGCCGCGUCCUUCUGAGAGGAUUCCCCUGGUCGGCGUGGCAGGACAAGGAGCCCUUGAGCAAUAACGUGAGGCCGAUCGUCAACCAACUCCAACGGUUCUCCCACGGCCUCGACUCCGUUGAAAUUGAUAUGCCCGACGACACCGCGAAGAACUUGCGCGGGGCAAUGACAAAUUCGGGACAGUCGCGAAUUCUCGAGGAUGCCUUUCACGAGGAUCGGAAAAUUCCGAAGGGUAUUCACCCCGAAGAUGAAGUUUACGCGUUCCUCGCUGCCGUCUACGCCACCGUGGGAAAAAUUAAGGGCAUCAGGUCACUCUCUGUCAAGAUGAGGCCUCUUUCCAAGGACGCGGAUCGCAACCAGAUCUCGAUGAGAAGGAUCUUGAAGUUUUGCGGAUGGAUCAAAGUGAGCGAGCCUCUCAAAGUUGACACUACUCAUCCGUUGCUUCCUUGGAUAGAAGAGGAGCUUGGUGUCGACUUGAGGGUUCGCGAGUGCUUGCCUGGGGAUCUGUACAAGUUGUUGCACUACAAAGAGUACAUCUAUGAGAAGCACGGAGUUUCUUUGCAGAACUCAUCAUCCAAAGAUGGUUGUUAG